UGUGAAAACGCGCGUUAAAAGCAAAAUUCGCGGAAGGAAUGAAUGAUUUCUUUGCUGUUUGCCCCCUUUUCGAUACGACUGAAAGACAUCUGAUUGGCCACCGCCACGUACAUUUGUUGGUCGACCGAGAACGCUUCUAUGUGUACUGCAUUUUGACAAGGUAUGUGAUCGAUCACGUCGAAGUAGUAUCCGGUCCAUCGGUAUAUUGGACAUGCCGUGUGUAAGCUUUCAUCGAGAUUGAGAUUAUUCGCAGCUAAUGAUGGAAGAAGAGAUACUUCAGCUUGAGUUUCUGAAACAAAAUCUACAGCUACAGUUGGACGAGUUUCAGAUGCUUUCGGAAAUAUUCUGCAGUCCUGGCGAGCUGCAGCUGGAUGAUUAUGGAAGCAUCGAAAACCUGACCAGCUUCAUUGCAGAUACAAAGGUACGCUUGGACAAAAAAAUGGAGUAUCAAUUCACUCUGCCUUUGCUGGAGAAUGAGAAGGUACAAAUUCUAGUUGAACUACCUCACCAUUAUCCGGUUUUGGAAAUGCCACGUAUUGUGAUAAGAUCGGCCAUAAUUGCAAGGGACCAGGAACGUGAGCUUCAAAAGCGUAUUCAGCAGUACAUCGAAGCCGAAAUCAUCGAACGACAGGAUCCGUACGUUUAUCAGAUCGUUUGUUGGAUUCAAGAUAAUUUCACUGAUUUGCUAGAAUCAUCCCGCGAGCGGAAAGAUUCUCCUUCAUCACCAUCAACGAACGCCAACAUCACUCCAAAAUCGAUCGUAUUCGAACGACUUUGGAUUUACUCACACCAUCUCAAGAGCAAAAGCAAACGGCAAACGAUCAUCAAAACGGCUCGCGACCUCGGACUUACUGGAUUUUCACGACCCGGUAAACCGGCUAUCAUAUGCAUCGAAGGACCUCAGAGCGAUACGCAAGACUUUUGGCGUACCAUCAAAGCGCUCCGCUGGCAAAAGAUACAAAUCAAACUGAGCGAAACUGAAAUGGCCUUCAUGGACGGUUCUAUCGAACAAACAAUGGCUAAACUACGCCGUUUUGAGACCGGUUUCAGAGAAGAAUUGUUCUGUGACAUGGAAGAGGAUUCAGACGCAGAAGAUCUCCCAAUGAGUAUGAGCCUUUUUAUGAAAUUUUUAGACAAACACAACUGUAGUUACAUCAAAAAGACUUUUUUCGGAUUCCAAGGUUCGUCAGCCUUGAGUUAGUAUUACGAGCGGUUCAUUUCGCCGCCAUUAAUGCCGGCUUUUGCUAUGUUAAUUACAAUUAAUAUUAAAGAAUGUUACCACCGCACAUUAUCGAGCCUUAAUUUCGUCUUAUGAUUACCUUCUGCAGUGUCAGCUUCAAUAUCCGAAUAGCUAGUAUCACGCUUAGUGCGACCGUUCGGUACUUGAUCCUGCUCACGAUCUUUCAAGAAGCUACGGACACGUUGUUCAACG